AUGCCACCAUACAAAAGCCGACCACAGCGAGCGAGCAUACGACGAAAAACCGGCGUAGGAGAAGAUAAAACAGAAGAAACCAGUGAAACUGUUACCAGUAGGAAUAAAAAGGAAAAUGAGAAAAAAGGCAAAGUUAAUUUACCACUGAGUAAGCAAAAGGAUAUCACUGUUAUUACUACUGUUGCUGCUACUACUCAAAAGAAAACCAAAAAGAAGAAUGCAAUUCCGGCAGAAGAGAUAAGCACGCAAACCGACGUAGCAAUAGUUGGCUCCGUUAGAGAUGCUAGAACUACCAAAACAAAGUCUGAUCCAUCAGACACAACCGAGGCAGUGAUAGAUGUAAAUGAAGCCAGGGCCUCCGCUAGAACUACCAGAAUUACUCGAGCCACAACAAGAUCUGUUAAGGCAAGCAAAAGCAGACGAACCGAAGCAGCAAUAGCUGCAAAUAGAGCCAGAUACGCCGCUAAACUUGCUAGAAUUGAUCGAAUUAAAGCCAUGAAAAAGUCUGUUCCCUUCUCUGAUGUUAUUAUUGCAGAAAAAGAAAGCGCAUCCAAAAUUGAGAAUGAUAAUAAUGUUCAAAAAGAUAGUAACACUACCGUAAUUGGGGAUGAUGCGAAAUGUAUCAAUCUAGCAAAGAUAAUUAUUUGUGAGCCGACGUCAACAAAUACUAUUAUGACUACUAUUCCGUCAAUUUCUAAUUUAUUGAAUUCGUCUGCAGAUGACGAAAAAGAGGAUACUACUAUGGUAGAAGGCGCAACAAUGGUGGAUACAGAAGGUAUCAGCGAUUUAGAGAUUAAUGACGUGUCAAAUAUCAGCUCGAUCAUUCCGGGAUCUUUAGUAAUGGAAGACAUGUCAAUAGAAUUCACGUCAACUAAUCACAGUAAUAAUAAUGAAGCAUCCUCGCUUUCGAUCCAUCAUGUACCUUCGAAUUUUGCAUUGACAGACGACGUGUUAACAUUACAACCACCAUUAUCCCCCAUGUCAAGUCACGAAACCAUACGAUCAUCUUCGUCUGCAGGAAACACAACGCCAUACAUCACAGCCGAGGAAUGUUUUUCACCACAAAGUUCUUUUGAUGAGAUGGACGACGAGAAUACACUUAUUGAUGAUAGAAAUGUAGAAAAUAAUUACUUACUUGGAAGAGAACAGCAAUUAUCAGUUCUCGCCACCAAACCACCAAAUCACUCUCCAUUUCAUCAAGUGCCACCACCACCAAUUUCGCUCUUCCAAUCAUCAAAUACGGCCUCACUGACACGAUCGCAUUUCCUUAAAGAUUCGUCGAAUCUCUUCAUCAAAGAAAAUAAACAAAUCGAUGGUAGAUUACCUAAUUCUGAAUUGAUCAAUCCUCCUCCUUCUCUUCCAUCAAAAUCCGACCGUAAUUCGUCAAAGAGGACGACCGAAUCAUUAAAUAAUCGAGGUGAUCAAGAAAACACGUAUAAAAGCGCGUUUAAAUCAUUAAAAGAUGAUAAGGAUCGAAUUCGAAAUGGCAGCAAUAAUGGUAAUAACAAUACUCGGUAUUACGAAACUCCCAUGCAACGGGUUGAAGUGGCAACUCUUGGAGGGCAUAAAAUCAUCACUGAUGUUAAAUUAGAUGUGCAACAAAUGCAGGUCAGUUAA